UCCUCCUUCAGUCAUCCCAGUCCCCUCUGCCUGCAGGACGGCUGGGCAAGGGAAGAGAGUCAGCCCAGUGAGAUGCAAGGCUGGCUCUGCAAGCAGGCACUUCCCGUCUGGCUUUUCUUGCCAGCAGCACCAGCAGCAGCUUCUUGGGAGAAGAAUCCGGGAGAAGCUGGAGUCUGAAUGUUAACGAUAUGCUUGUCUAGAAACGACGAUAACUUUCAAAACCACCAGAAAACUUGCCUUGGCCUUGUGUGGCUAAGAUCCCAUUCUUCUUGCCCGGGGACGCAAAGUAGCAUUAGAGGAAGAAGAGCUUUUGGAUGUGUUGGGAGCUUAAGCCGAGCUUAGAGAGACCAUGGAUGUGCCAAGCCCAGCAAAGAGUGGAUCAGGGAAGGGAACAGAAAAAGGCCCUCCAGCCAUCCAGUCUGGCAAUGAUAAGGGAUUCUGGGAAAGAACUGUGCAGAAGAUCCUGAGAGGAGACACCACCAGCUCAGAUGUCCAGGUCAGGAGAUUCAGACGGUUCGUCUACCAGGAAGUUGAAGGGCCCCGAGAGGUUUGCAGCCGACUCCACCACCUUUGCCAGCAGUGGCUGGAGCCAGAGAGACACACGAAAGCUCAGAUGCUGGACCUGGUGGUCCUGGAGCAGUUCCUGGCCAUCCUGCCCCCAGAGAUGGAGAGCUGGGUGAGAGAAUGCGGAGCGGAGACCAGUUCGCAGGUGGUGGCCCUGGCAGAAGGUUUCCUCCUGAGCCAGGCAGAGGAGAAGAAGCAGGGAGAGCAGCAGACAGAUGGGAUGUUAGCCCAAGCAGCCCCUGAGCUCCAAGAUUGCGAGACAGCUCUGUUGGUGACCCGGCAGAAGCUGCUGGUCAGAGGGAUUAUGCAGGAGAAUGACGGAGGCACCAUUGUGCUGGGCAGUGAAAUGACGCUGGCAACCCCUCCUGGACCUUCUCCUCUUGGUGGUGGAGUGGAAACUGUUGCUGUGCACACACCGGAUCAGGAGUCUGUGAGCUUGGAGGAGGUGGCUGUGUGUUUCUCCAAAGAGGAGGCGGCUCUGCUGGAUCCAGGCCAAAGGGCUCUGCACAGGGAUGUCCUGGAGGAGAUUUCUGGGCAUCUGGCCUUUCUGGGUGAUUGGAGGAAGGGAGAGAAACAGGCCGAUGGAGCGAGAAGGAGAACCAAAGGAAGCCAGAAGUGGAGGCAGACUAGUCCUUCCGAAGGGCCAGACUUUCAUUUCAUCCCAAUCCAAGGAGAAUGCCACAAGGGAAGCAGCAGGAAUGAGAUUCUUCAGGAUGUAGAAACCUUGACUAGCCAGCCGCAUCUGAGUAGACGUUCCAGAAUCCACACAGGAGAGAAACCACAUACCUCCUCAGAGUGUGGAAUAAGCUUCAGUCAGAAGGAAGGACUUGGCCUCCAUCAAAGAAUCCACACAGGUAAGAAGCUGUUUAAAUGCUCAGAAUGUGGAAAGAGCUUCAAUCGGCCUGUCAAGCUUACUGUCCAUCAGCGAGUCCACACAGGAGAGAAACCUCAUACCUGCUCAGAAUGUGGAAAGAACUUCAGUCGUAAGGAUAUACUAACUUCCCAUCAAAGUGUCCAUACAGGAGAGAAACCAUAUUCCUGCUCAGAGUGUGGAAAGAACUUCAGUCGUAAGGAUAUACUAACUUCCCAUCAAGGUGUCCAUACAGGAGAGAAACCAUAUUCCUGCUCAGAGUGUGGAAAGCGGUUUGGUAAGAAGUCAUAUCUUACUGGCCAUCAAAGAAUCCACACAGGAGAGAAGCCAUUUAAAUGCUCAGAAUGUGGAAAGAGCUUCAGUGAGAAGGGAACACUUAUUUACCAUCAAAGAGUCCACACAGGAGAGAAACCCUAUACCUGCUCAGAGUGUGGAAAGAGCUUCAGGAAUAAGGGAGUGCUUAAUUUGCAUCAAAGAGUCCACACAGGGGAGAAACUACAUACCUGCUCAGAGUGUGGAAAGCGGUUCAGUCGGAAGGCAAGUUUUACAAUCCAUCGAAGAAUCCACACAGGAGAGAAACCACAUACCUGUUCAGAGUGUGGGAAGAGCUUCAUUUGCAAGGAAGCACUUACUUCCCAUCAAAGAGUCCACACAGGAGAGAAGCCGUUUAAAUGCUCAGUAUGUAGAAAGAGCUUCAGUCUGAAGGGAACACUUAUUUACCAUCAAAGAGUCCACACAGGAGAAAAACCCUAUACCUGCUCAGAGUGUGGAAAGAGCUUCAGGAAGAAGGGAAAGCUUAAUUUGCAUCAAAGAGUCCACACAGGAGAGAAGCCAUAUUCCUGCUCAGAGUGUGGAAAGAGCUUCAGCCAUAAGGCAACACUUACUUACCACCAGAGAGUCCACACAGGAGAGAAACCAUAUUCCUGCUCAGAGUGUGGAAAGCUGUUCAGUCAGAAGGCAAAGCUUACUACCCAUCGAAGAAUCCACACAGGAGAGAAACCACAUACCUGUUCAGAGUGUGGGAAGAGCUUCAUUUGGAAGGAAUCGCUUACUUCCCAUCAAAGAGUCCACACAGGAGAGAAACCAUAUUCCUGCUCAGAGUGUGGAAAGCGGUUCAGUAAGAAGUCAUAUCUUACUGGCCAUCAAAGAAUCCACACAGGGGAGAAACCAUAUACCUGCUCAGAGUGUGGAAAGCAGUUCAUUCGGAAGUCACAGCUUACUGAGCAUCAAAGAAUCCACACAGGGGAGAAACCAUAUACCUGCUCAGAGUGUGGAAAGCGGUUCAUUCGGAAUUCGCAGCUUACUGACCAUCAAAGAGUCCACACAGGAGAGAAACCAUAUACCUGCUCAGAGUGUGGAAAGCGGUUCAGACAGAAGUCACAGUUUACUAACCAUCAAAGAGUACACACAGGAGAGAAACCCUAUACCUGCUCAGACUGUGGAAAGAGCUUCAGCUAUAAGUCAAGACUUACUUCCCAUCAAAGAGUCCACACAGGAGAGAAACCAUAUUCCUGCUCAGAGUGUGGAAAGAGCUUCAGCCAUAAAGCAACACUUACUUACCACCACCAGACAGUCCACACAGGAGAAAAGCCAUAUACCUGUUCAGAGUGUGGAAAGAGCUUCAGCCAAAAGGCAACACUUACUUACCACCAGACAGUCCACACAGGAGACAAGCCAUAUACCUGCUCAGAGUGUGGAAAGAGCUUUAGUCAAAACCUACAACUUACAUUGCAUCAAAGAAAUCACACAACAAGGAAACCAUAUGCCUGCUCAGAGUGUGGAAAGAGCUUUAAUCAGAAGUCAGGACUUACUGUCCAUCAAAGAGUCCACACAGGAGAGAAACCAUAUACUUGCUCAGAGUGUGGAAAGAGUUUCAGUCGUAAGUCAGGACUUACUGUCCAUCAAAGAGUCCACACAGGAGAGAAACCAUAUACCUGCUCAGAGUGUGGAAAGAGCUUUAGUCAAAACAUAAGUCUUAUAUUGCAUCAAAGAAUCCACACAGUUUAGAGGCCUUUUAAAUGUACAAAAUGUGGGAAAUGGUUUACUCAGGUUGUCAGGACUACAGUCCAUCACAGAAUCUUCACAGGAGAGAAACCAUAUACGUGGUUAAGAAUAGAGGUCCCGCGCAGCGUUCACUCGCCCCCAGCAGCAGGCAGCCUUAGUCGGGCUUCGGCUUGUGCUCGAGGCCAGCCCCCGCCCCCAGACCAGCCUUCGCAGCCAAGCACCAGGCUGCAGCAGGGAGCAACUGAGCUUAGAGAGACCAUGGAUGUGCCAAGCCCAACAAAGAGUGGAUCUGGGAAGGGAACAGAAAAAGGCCCUCCAGCCACCCAGUCUGGCAAUGAUAAGGGAUUCUGGGGAAAAACUGUGCAGAAGAUCCUGGGAGGAGACAGCAGCAGCUCAGAUGUCCAGGUCAGGAGAUUCAGACAGUUGGUCUACCAGGAAGUUGAAGGUCCCCGAGAGGUUUGCAGCCGACUCCACCACCUUUGCCAGCAGUGGCUGCAGCCAGAGAGACACACAAAAGCUCAGAUGCUGGACCUGGUGAUCCUGGAGCAGUUCCUGACUGUCCUGCCCCCGGAGAUGGAGAGCUGGGUGAGAGAAUGUGGAGCGGAGACCAGUUCCCAGGCGGUGGCCCUGGCAGAAGGUUUUCUCCUGAGCCAGGCAGGGGAGAAGAAGCAGGAAGAGCAGCAGACAGAUGGGAUGUUAGCCCAAGCAGCCCCUGAGCUCCAAGAUUGCAAGAGGGCUCUGUUGGUGACCCGUCAGAAGCUGCUUUUCAGAGGGAUCAUGCAGGAGAAUGAUGGAGGCCCCAUUGUGCUAGGCGGUGAAAUGACUCUGGCGACUCCUCCUGGACCUUCUCUUCUUGGUGGUGGAGUGGAAACUGUUGCUGUGCACUCACCAGAUCAGGAGUCUGUGAGCUUGGAGGAGGUGGCUGUGUGUUUCUCCGAGGAGGAGGCGGCUCUGCUGGAUCCAGGCCAAAGGGCUCUGCACAGGGAAGUCCUGGAGGAGAUUUCUGGGCAUCUGGCCUUUGUGGGUGAUUGGAGGGAGGGAGAGAAACCGGCCGAUGGAGCGAGAAGGAGAACCGAAGGGAGCCAGACGUGGAGGCAGACUAGUCCUUCCGAAGGGCCAGACAUGCAUUCCAUCCCAGUCCCAGGAGAAUGCCACAAGGGAAGCAGUAGUAAUAAGAGCCCUCAGGAUGUAGAAACCUUGACUAGCCAGCCGCAUCUGAGCAGACGUCCCAGAAUCCACACAGGAGAGAAACCACAUAACUCCUCAGAGUGUGGAAUGAGCUUCAGUCAGAAGGAAAGACUUGGACUCCAUCAAAGAAUCCACACAGGUAAAAAGCUGUUUAAAUGCUCAGAAUGUGGAAAGAGCUUCAAUCGGCCUGUCAAGCUUACUGUCCAUCAGCGAGUCCACACAGGAGAGAAACCCUAUACCUGCUCAGAGUGUGUAAAGAGCUUCAAGGAUAAGUCAGGCCUUACUGUCCAUCAGCGAGUCCACACAGGAGAGAAACUUCAUACGUGCUCAGAAUGUGGAAAGAACUUCAGUCGUAAGGAUAUACUAACUUCCCAUCAAAGUGUCCAUACAGGAGAAGAACCAUAUUCCUGCUCAGAGUGUGGAAAGCGGUUCGGUAAGAAGUCAUAUCUUACUGCCCAUCAAAGAAUCCACACAGGAGAGAAGCCGUUUGAAUGCUCAGAAUGUGGAAAGAGCUUCAGUGAGAAGGGAACACUUAUUUACCAUCAAAGAGUCCACACAGGAGAGAAACCAUAUUCCUGCUCAGUGUGUGGAAAGAGUUUCAGUCAUAAGAAAAUACUUAAUGUCCAUCAAAGAAUCCACACAGGUAAGAAGCCGUUUAAAUGCUCAGAAUGUGGAAAGAGCUUCAGUGAGAAGGGAACGCUUAUUUCCCAUCAAAGAGUCCACACAGGAGAGAAACCAUAUAUCUGCUCAGAGUGUGGAAAGAGCUUCAGGAAUAAGGGAAAGCUUAAUUCGCAUCAAAUAGUCCACACAGGAGAGAAACCACAUACCUGCUCAGAGUGUGGAAAGCGGUUCAAUCAGAAGUCAACUCUUACUAAGCAUCAAAGAAUACACACAGGAGAGAAACCACAUACCUGCUUGGAGUGUGGAAAGAGCUUCAGUGAGAAGGGAACGCUUAUUUCCCAUCAAAGAGUCCACACAGGAGAGAAACCAUAUUCCUGCUCAGAGUGUGGAAAGCGGUUCAGACAGAAGUCACAGCUUACUAACCAUCAAAGAAACCACACAGGAGAGAAACCACAUAGCUGCUCAGAGUGUGGAAAGCGGUUCAGUCAGAAGGCAAAGCUUACUACUCAUGAAAGAAUCCACACAGGAGAGAAACCACAUACCUGCUCAGAGUGUGGGAAGAGCUUCGUUUGGAAGGCAAUGCUCACUUACCAUCAAAGAGUCCAUACAGGAGAAAAACCAUAUUCCUGCUCAGAGUGCGGAAAGCGGUUCAGACAGAAGUCACAGUUUACUAAACACCAAAGAGUCCAUACAGGAGAGAAACCAUAUUCGUGCUCAGACUGUGGAAAGAGCUUCAGCCAGAAGUCAGGACUUACUUCCCAUCAAAGAGUCCACACAGGAGAGAAACUAUAUACCUGCUCGGAGUGUGGAAAGCGGUUCCUUCGGAAGUCACAGCUUACUGACCAUCAUAGAAUCCACACAGGGGAGAAACCAUAUACCUGCUCGGAGUGUGGAAAGAGCUUCAGCCAUAAGGCAACACUCAGGUAUCAUAAGAAAGCACACACUGGAGAUAAACCAUAUACCUGCUCAGAGUGUGGAAAGAGCUUCAGCCAUAAGUCAGGAUUUACUUCCCAUCAAAGAGUCCACACAGGAGAAAAACCAUAUUCCUGCUCAGAGUGUGGAAAGAGCUUCAAUCAUAAGACAACACUUACUUACCACCAGAGAGUCCACACAGGAGACAAGCCAUAUACCUGCUCAGAGUGUGGAAAGAGCUUUAGUCAAAACCUACAACUUACAUUGCAUCAAAGAAAUCACACAACAAGGAAACCAUAUGCCUGCUCAAAGUGUGGAAAGAACUUUAAUCAGAAGUCAGGACUUACUGUCCAUCAAAGAGUCCACACAGGAGAGAAACCAUAUACCUGCUCAGAGUGUGGAAAGAGCUUUAGUCAAAACAUAAGUCUUAUAUUGCAUCAAAGAAUCCACACAGUUUAGAGGCCUUUUAAAUGUCCAAAAUGUGGAAAAUGGUUUACUCAGGUUGUCAGACUUACUGUCCAUCACCGAAUCUUCACAGGAGAGAAACCAUAUACCUGGUUAAGAAAGUGGAAAGAGCUUAAGUUGGAGCAAAAAUCUCAAAUUGCCUCCAAGAUUCCAGAAAGGGGAAAAGUGGAGUGGUUGUUGGCCUGGUUCCCAGACAUUCAAAGUCUCAACAGAAUGUGGGAACCAACACUGUAGACCCCUUUCCAAUUGCAUCAAAGAUUCCACACAGGUAAAAGGUGGACCAGCUGUUGGGCUGGUUCCCAGACAUUCAAUGUCUCAACAAAAUGUGACCAACACUUAAGUCCCAUUUUCAACCAAGGAAUGUUACUGCCUUUUUGAACACACUGAGAUGGGAGGUGGGAGCGGGGAGUUAGAAGGGUUUCUCUGGACAGAUUUAUGUGAUGAAGGCGAGAGGCAUGAGAUGUUCCAUUCCUUCUACCUUCGGUGUGUAAGUUUUGAUUGGGCUAAUGAGGCUGUGCUUGCUAGCUUGGAAACCAAGUGGGGGGGGGAUUUUCCCCCCUUGAAUUGGGCUUGUACAGCUAGGCAAUACAGGCACCAUGUUAAUUUUCACUCCAUUUGACAGUCCCACUUUUUGAACCUUUUGCAAGUAUUAUUCUAUUGCUUUGCAUAAGGUUUGUUGUAUAUAAUAAAGACUUUAUUAGAAGCCCAAUGGAAAGGAGCCUCUGUGCUUCUUUUGGUUCAAACGAUACUCCUGUAUUAACGGUUGGUGUUUGUUUAAUGCUUGAAGAGAUGGUGACCAGGAUAACUCACACGCUUCUGGCAGUUGCACCUUUUACAGAUUAGCCCCAGACUUGAAAGCGAUCAUCACCCUAUGCUUUUGAAGUUUUGGUUGGGUGUUUUCUCAAGAGGUGCAGUUGGACCGGUGGUAGGAGAUUUUAGGAACACUAGUUACCAACGAUUGAGGUGGUCUGAGGAACUUGCCACACGAGUUGCUAAUGUGCUUGGGUCACCAGAGGCGUGUAGUUUGCUGGAAGCAAUUAUAACAGGAUCUAUUGGCUCCCAGAGGUGUUCAAUGUUAGAUCAUUUUUCUUCAGUCUUAGCACUGUUGUGCCCAGUUUUUGUCACCUCAGUAUAUCCAAGUAAAAAUUCAAAUCACACCAAGUCCUUUUCUCGUUCCUGGUUUGAUCGGGAUUGUUGCAUUGCCAAAAACAACACACAAGGCUUUUUAAACUUAUAGAACAGCACCCUCUUCGGAAAAUAGCAAAGGGCGCUCUCGAUGAAAUCCGCCUAGAAGAGGUUGCUUAGAGAGAAGGCGGCACAAGCCGUUAACAAAAACCAGCUUAAUUUAAUUGAGGCUGCUAAGUCUAACCAUCAGUCUAAGUUUUGGAGGCUUGUUUCACCUGCUCUGUCGAAAACACGUACACUUCCAGCUUCUGUGAUUCCAGCUCAGGUUUGGGAACAACAUUUCCUACAGCUUUAUAGUAAGGCUGAUAAUAUGGUUUAUAAUGCUAAACAACUAAUGGAGAUACUCUUAGGUGGAACCCAGUCUCCUGUUCAGAGACUGAAAAACAUUCAGAAAUGUAGUAAUGGCAAAGCCCCUGGUAGAGAUAACAUUUCUAUUGAGGCUAUCAGAGUGAAUCUUGAUUGGUGGGUCCCCGUUUUAGCCUCGCUGUUUACCUAUAUAGAUACAACUGCUAACAUACCCAGUGAUUGGGGCCUUGCUAUAAUAAUUCCUCUUUAUAAAAAAGGUAGGCGUGAGGACCCAGCCAACUAUCAUCCCAUUAGCUUACUUAACGUUAUUAGUAAAAUUUACGCGAGGCAUCUUUUGAUAAAACUUCUAGACUGGAUUGAGGCAAAUGACAUUUUAGCUAUCGAGCAAGUCGGCUUUCGGGAGGGUCGUUCCACCACGGAACAUGCUUUUACCCUUCCAUUUCUGGCAGAGAAGUAUUCUAGGUUCCCAGGUUCAGCACUUUAUGUAGCAUUCAUUGAUCUUAAAGCUGCAUUUGAUUCAGUUUCUAGAGAGAGACUGUGGUCUAAACUGGAAGCCCUUGGAAUAGAUAAAAGAUUACUCAAACUUAUUGUUAGUCUGCAUAACCAUACUUGUUUGAAAGUUCAUUAUGGCCCAACUAGACAGUUAACAUUGGAAAUUCCCACUUUUAGAGGAGUACGUCAGGGCUGUAUACUUGCUCCUAUUUUGUUCAAAAUCUAUGUUAAUUCUGUGGUUACUUGUUUGUCCACCCUCUCUAUUCAUCCACCAAAGUUAGCCGAUAGGCACGUCUCCAUAUUAUUAUAUGCAGAUGACAUGGCUAUUAUGUCGCAGACACCUGUAGGCCUUAAGCGUGCCCUAAGACUCUUCUCAUCAUUUUGUAACCAAGAGUCUAUUGAAAUAAAUGAUAGUAAGACUAAAGUCUUAGUGUUCGCCAAGCGAGCUAGGCGUUAUAAUUGGUCCAUACAAGGAAACGAGAUUGAGCAGGUUAAUUCCUUUAAAUAUCUAAGAAUUAGGUUUCACUCUGUUGGCUCUAGAAAUGCCCAUUUUAACUCCAUCAGACAGUCUGCUCCAAUGGUUGUAAAUAAGAUCAAAUCUUAUCAUUUUACACAUGGUGCUGCUUUUAUACCUGCGACAGUGAGACUUUAUACAGCCAAAGUACUGCCUUAGCUCUUAUAUGGAGCCCAACUGGGACCUGCAAGUAAUUUUGCCCUACUGGAGGCUAUCCAGACUAAGUUUAUUAGAUGCAUUUUGCAAGUUCCAUGUUGUGCUCCGAAUGCUGUCAUCAGAAGAGAAGUUGGUCUUCUUAGGUUGGAAUCCUUAUACUGGUGCUGUAUUUUUCGAUUUUGGUUAAAAUUGAGUUUUGGACAGGCGGGUUUAGCCUCUUUGGCUAUGAGUGAUGGUUUUAAUUCGAGCUGGAAACGAGCUGUGUUGAGCAAAUUUUCCUUUUUUGGCCUCUCCAUAGAGGAUUUGCAUACUGAAGGAAUUGAGCAAUCCAGGAAGUUAGUUAAGCAACAUGUGCUGGGUAUAGAAGUUCAACAAGAAGGUGCAUGGCUCAAGCAGAGUUUAUACUUAGGGAGUCAAGCUAUUAAUCUUAAACCAGCUAAAUACUUUGACGUGGUGCUUGUCCCUAAAUUUAGACAAGCCCUUACUUUAGCACGUUUAAAUGUUCUUCCUACAGCAGUAUUGGAUGGCAGGUUCAAGGGAGUUCCGCUAUUUUUACGACUUUGCCCAUGUGGCAAAGGGGUUAUAGAAUCCACCUCGCACGUUAUUCUUUAUUGUGAUUUUUAUAGGGAACCCCGUUUAAGACUUUUAUCUCCUAUGUUAGACAAUUUGCCUGGCCGGUCUGAUGAAUUUUAUUUAAAUGAUCUUUUAACUAAUGAGGACACUGAUAUUACUUUUGUUAUGGCCAGGUUUUGUUAUAUUAUUUGUAAAAUACGUACUGGUUUAUUGUAAAUGUUUGCUGGUCAAUGACCGAAUAAACUUAUAACUAACAAACCUUUUACACGAAAGAGUCUCAUCUUGACACAGUCUACAUUUCUAGAGGUGAAUAACCUUGAAACAGUGGUACAUAUGCUGGUAACCUCCAGGCUUGACUACUGUAAUGCACUCUAAAUGGGGAUACCUUUAUACAUAGUCUGGAAACUACAACUGGCACAGAAUGUGACAGCCAGAUUGGUCUCUGGGACAACACAAAGGGACCACAUCACACCGGUUUUAAAAGAACUGCACUGGCUGCCAAUAUUUAUUUUUUAAUUAUUAUUUAUUAUUAAAUUUUUAUACCGCCCUUCCAAAAGGCUCAGGGCAGCUUACAUACAGAUGCAAUACAUUACAGUUGAAAUACACAGUGCUGUUUCUUACCUAGAAAGCCCUUAACGGCUUGGGUCCAGGUUGUUUAAGAGAGAGCCUCCUGUGUCACGAACCCUGCUGCCUGUUACGAUCUUCUGGAGAGGUCCGGUUAUGGUUGCCACAAGCUGGUUUGGUGGCGACAUAGUUCUGGGCUUUUUCUGUGGCUGCCCAGGGCUAUGGAAUAUGCUCCCUGCUGAAAUAAGAGGAACUCCUUCUCUGUUAGUUUGUUUUCAGGAAGAACCUCAAGACUUUACUGUUUUUAUUAUUAUUAUUUCCAUUUUAUAUCCCGCCCAGAGCAGUACGCUACAUACUUAGGUUUCUCCUCACAACAACCCUGUGAAGUAGAUUAGGCUGAGAGAAAAGUGAAUGGCCCAGAGUCACCCAGCUGGUAUCAUGGCUGAAUGGGGAUCUGAACUCGCGUCUCCCCGGUCCUAGUCCAGCACUCUAACCACUACAUCACGCUGGCUUAUUAAUUAUUAUUAUUAUUAUUAUUCUAUUGCUUUGUAGAAUCCUUGUUGUAUCUAAUAAAGACUUUGUUAGAAGCCCAA